AUGCCCGUGGGUGUGACUUGGAGCCAGUACAUGGCGUUCACGGCCGCGGCUGCGUUCUCUAUGCUCGCCGGGUCGCAGUUAGUUCACCAGUACUACAAGCCCUUAAAAGAUCUAAAUGAAUAUAUAAAUAAGGAGCUAAAGAAUUUACCUCCCAAUGUACAGGAAAAGAUCAGACAGGAAUUACAAGAUGAAGGUGUUCUUAAGUAAGAUCCUACAAGUUGGACACUUGAGUGAGCAUUUAAUUUGUACAAUAUAUUCAUAGUUACAAAUC